GUCCUCCUCCGCCCUCCAGUUCGGAGUCGGACUCAGCGGAGAUGAUCCGGUUGCAGGCCAACGCAUGGAUUUUCUCUAAUUAGCAGUGCUCGCCGAGUCCGUCCGGGCAGAGCCGCAUCGUUUCGGGGGUGAACUCGAAGAAUUUGGAGCCAUGAACAGCAACCCGCCGCCCCGCAGGGCUCUCAACGUCGGCUCCAUCCUCCUGACCCCGCAGGAGAACGAGUGCCUGUUCGGCUACCUGGGCAGGAAAUGCGCUACGCUGUGCUCGGCGGUGGUCCAGGUGUACGGCGCGGACCGCAGCUGCUGCUGGGUGAAGAGGUGCUGCGGCGUGGCCUGCCUCGUCAAAGACAACCCGCAGAGAUCCUACUUCAUCAGAGUGUUCGACAUCAAGGAAGGGAAGACCAUGUUUGAACAGGAGCUUUACCACAACUUCUCCAUCAGCAGCUCCAGAUCCUACUUCAUCUCAUUUACAGGCGAUACCUGUCAGGUCGGUCUGAACUUCGCCAGUGAAGAGGAGGCCAAACGAUUCCGAGCCGCCAUCAACGACCUGCUCAACCGACGACAACGCAAAACCGAGAAGAGAGGUGACCCUAAAAAUGGUCCAGCUCUGCACAUCGCCACCGUGGACAUCAAGAACCCGGAGAUCAACAACGUCAGAUUCCACAACUCCCACAGCCACCAGCAGCCAUACCUCCUCAACAACAUGCUGAGCCACAGCGGCUUGAACAGGAAGGACAAGAAGACCAAAGGCAAGAAGAAGAAGCUGACCAAGGCUGACAUCGGCACGCCCAGCAACUUCCAGCACAUCGGUCACGUGGGCUGGGAUCCAAACACAGGUUUUGAUCUGAACAACCUGGACCCUGAACUCAAGAACCUGUUCGACAUGUGCGGCAUCUCCGAGGCUCAGCUGAAGGACCGAGAGACGUCGAAGGUCAUCUACGACUUCAUCGAGAAGAAGGGAGGCGUGGAGGCCGUCAAGAACGAGCUGAGGAGGCAGGCACCCCCUCCACCCCCUUCUCGUGGUGGCCCCCCUCCACCUCCUCCGCCUGCACACAACUCGGCUCCACCCCCUCCGCCGUCCAGAGGGGGCCGGGGAGCCCCUCCUCCUCCCCCCCCUCCUCCGUCCAGAGCCCCCGCCUCAGCUCCUCCUCCUCCGCCUCCCUCCAGACCAGGAACUCUGGGUGCCCCUCCUCCUCCACCCCCUCCCACCCGGGUAGGUCACCAGCCCCCUCCUCCCCCCCACCACCACCACACACCAUCACCACCACCACCCCAACCCCCCCCCCUCCUGCUCCGUCUCUCUGCACUCCUCCAUCGCCCCCCAAGCCCCGCCUCCUCCGCCUCCCCCAUUGGCCCUGCAGCCGGCGGUAGCGGCGGCGGCGCCCCUGCUCCCCCUCCUCCGCGCCUCCCUCCACCCCCCCCUCCCGGCCCCCUCCACCUCCGAGCUGGACGUAGGCGGAGACUCUCCUCACUCGCCGACCCUGGUGGGAAGUCGGCGCUGCUGGAGCAGAUCAGAGUCGGAGCUCAGCUGAAGAAGGUGGAGCAGAACAACCGAGCGCCGGCCUCCGGCGUGGGACGAGACGCCCUGCUGGACCAGAUCCGACAAGGAAUCCAGCUCAAGACCGUGCCGGAUCAACCAGAGUCCGGUCCUCCGACGUCGGCGCCCACCGCGGGCAUCGUCGGCGCGCUCAUGGAAGUGAUGCAGAAGAGGAGCAAAGCCAUCCAUUCCUCAGACGAAGACGAGGAUGAUGACGAAGACGAGGACUUUGAAGACGAUGACGAGUGGGACGACUAGUGAAGAUUUCUUUACCCCAGGUCCCCCCCCCCCCCCCCACACACACA